GGGAAGAAGAAAAAGAUGACGGCAAUGAUGAGACUCACUAUAACUGAGCUUGAAACUGCUCUAAAGGAAUCCCAUGAAUUGCUGUCAGAAAGAGAUCGAGAAAUAAGAAAGCUCAAGAAAGACAUGGAACACUAUAAACAACAAAUUGCCCAAGAAGUUGCAACUAAAACUAAACUAGCUCAGUCUCUUGAUGAAAGCCACCAGCAAGCGCUGGAAUUGGAAGAGGCUCUGCAGAAGUGGCAGCUUUCAAUGAAAGAGUACCAGCAACGUGUGGCACACCUUGAGGCAGCCCUGCUCCAGGAGCAUGCAAGAUCUGCUGAGCAAGAGAAAAAAUAUGGAGAGAUUUAUGCACAGAAGAACCUUGAAGUGGAUCAACUUAAGAGUCAGUUGAUUGAAACUAGACAGAGACUGUCUAAAGACCCUGCAGCAUUCCCGGGUAGGAAAAGUAGCAGUUCAUCGGCUCCCCAGAUUGAUGAAUCACAGCUCCUGUUUUUAAAGCAAGCAGUUUAUCACUUAUUGACUGACUCUCAUGCUGACGAGCAUCUAAGAGCUAUUGUAGCCAUCUUGAACUUUUCUGCUCAGGAGAGGAAGUGUGUGUAUGCAAAGGUGGCAGAAAAGAAAGGCAGUGGCUACAGCAAAAGACAAUAAAAACAAAAUGAAUAGUUUUAUAAAAUUUCUUUUUAAAACUAUACAAUAACAUCAUCACUGGGAUAAAGCA